AGUACCCUCACAGGUGAGGCGGAAGUCAGGCGGUUGCUUGGUCCCGUGAUGUCGGGGUUGAGGAGUUGUUCAGCUGGGACGCGGUGAAUUACUGUGAAGAUAAAGUUAGCGGGUGUCGGUUAGGCGGGAUAUGAGGAAGUUCGGGCCUCCAGAGCUCGUGUCGGAUUACAGCGAGUUCGGCCGCCAGCAGGUUUUGCGGGAUGCUUUGCAGGCUAAACCAGGGCCAUCGCAAGUCUUCACCAGCCCGGACAGACGGCAUCUAUUCCUGCUACUACCUCACGAACGGAAGCUGCUUUCCUUUCUUCACCUCCCUGCUGAGGUCCAGCUACUUCCCGCUCCCUACCUGGACAAAUCAUGGACUGCUAACCUACCGCCAGUAGCCGGGGUGCUCUUCCCAAGAUGUGGAACCUUAUCUUGGGUAUUGGCUUUAGUCUGGGAGAACGGCAGGGCUGAAGUGUGGAGCCCGCCCAAUAGCAAACCUAACAAUGGCUGGACUCUGCUACAGUCAGUGGAGCUGUGUAAUGGUCCCCGUGGUCGUGUGGCCUCAAUCUGCUGCAAUGGGGAGGACCUUGUGUGGUGUGAGGAGAGACCUUCAUCCGAGGCCAAGCAUCUAUCUGUUUCCAGGACCAGCCAGUUCAAUUACUGCAUCUGUCAGCGGUCACUGGAAGUACAAGGACAAAAGGUGACCCUGGGCGGCAUGAAGAUUGUGCUGCACCACAGCCCACUGUACAAUGUGCUGUCAAAUUCCCAUCACGUAUUUAUGAUACCUUGUGCUAUCCCCAGUCUCCCUCCCAUACUGCUGGUGUAUUCACCUCUGGAAGACAGGAUUACCCUUUCUAACACAUCCAUUGGUAUCUUCCAUAGCAAAAGCCUUACAGAAGGAGACUCAGACUUUAAAAAGAUGUUGUCUGAAUGUGUUGCAAUCAUGAAUUUUGAGACAUUUGCUGAUACCUAUUCCUUUGCAGUAACAGAGUCUGGAGAUCUGCUUCUGAUAGACACUAAUGGAGCAGUUCACUUACUUAACCAGAGUGGAGUGUUAAGACACAUAUAUACCUUUGACAGAUCCAUCAUAUUAGAAACGGAAGUCAAAAUGCAGCUUUCUGAUAAAAUUCUGGCUUGUGCUUUUGACACAGUGUUAUACUUUAUCAAUAUCAACACAGGACAGUUGGUUGAGAAAAUGGUAUUAAAUGCAGCUGAAAUGUUCUUAGUGAAAGUAUUGGAAAUGGAUGGAAUCCAGCUCCUGACAAAAACUGGCAUUUAUAAAAUCGGCUAUUGUGGUGGUGAUAUGGAAUUUAUGGAUGAUAAUGGAAAGUUUGAGCCUGCUGUUUUGGAAAUGGUUUUUGAAGAAGCUUGUAAAUACUACCAACGAAGAAGCCUCAGCAGUUCUAUACUAACAGUAAAGACCUUAAAAAAAGAAGGCAUGUUUCAGGCUCCAAUUAUGCUGGCAUCCAUUCUCUACAACUAUCAGAAGGAUGGGAGAUUAAAAGACCUGAAACAUACAGAGUUACUGAACACUAUGAAUGCUGAACUUCAGAGCUAUUUAAGCUUGGAACUGUUAAAGUCUGAACUCAUUAAUGCUGCUGGAAAUGCCACUGAAGAGUAUUGCAAAGAUUUAGUAGACCAAGAGAUCAGUCGCCUUCUUCAUGCAGAUAUAGAUAGAGAGAACCUGGUUUACAUGAACUCUCUUUUCAGGAUGUUCCCUAAGACUGUAUGGCACUCUUUAAGAAACAAACUACAAUUCCAUCAAAAUGGUGAGGGCAAAGUCACAGUUAGAGCUACUUCAGAUAUGUGGAAAAAAGUACUGUGUCCACUUUCUAAUGGUUCAAAGGAAAACACUCCAAAUGGAGUUAACCCCCUGUUUGAAUUAAUUUGUCACUUGCUUUACACAUUUAAACCAAAAUGGCUUCCAGGGUUUGUUCAGCAAGCUCAAGAAUAUUCUGGAUCUUCAUGGAACGUAAAUAAAAAAGAAUAUUGUGAAAGUCUUCCCUUGUACAAGAGGGCUCUGUCUGUUCUAAGUAAGAAACAUAAUAUUGGAUUGGAUCGUGACAUAGAGAUUGAAAUCUUAAUAAGCAGUGGCCGACCACAGGCCAUAAUCCAGGCUAUUCACAUUUUGAUCAGCCUUCAGCAGUGGGAAAGAGUUAUAUCAGAAACUCGAAAGUUCUCUCAGUUAAGUCCCGUAAUUACAAAAGAUAUUUUUAUCACACUUCUGUUAGAGUUUGUGAAGCACAGACACUUGGAUCCAUACAUAAAUGAGCUUUAUGAAAUUUGCCCAGAAGAUAUGACUGUUACUGACAUCUUGCGUAUUAUCCUUCAGAACUUGCCAAAAGCACAAGGAGACCAACUACCAUUUUCCUGUAAUGGUGACAUGCAUUUGACUGUAGGUUCACUGAAGCCAUUGUUAAAAAAAGUGUUACAAAAUCAAUCCAAGCAAGAAGAAAAUUCUGCUUUUUCGAUAUACCCACCAUCUACACCACGGAGGACAAGUCAGAAUCCUAAUGCUGAAACAGUUAUUGUGAAUGGGGUUGAUAUAAGUGUAGACAUGCCUUCCUUUGAGUGACAUAUAUAAAAUUAUUGCUAUGUAAUUAGAUUAUUAUUUUUUUGUGUGUACAGUAUGCCUUCAGUAUAGAAAGCACUUUCACUAUCUCAUUUUGCUGCUUCUUGUACAUAAGUUAGUAUUAAGACUUUAUUUAUCUAUUGUCAUAAAGCAAUUUAUGAGCCUUAAAUUUGCCAGUCCUGAGAUCAUUUAGUCAAUUUCUUAUUAUUUUUUUAAUCUGUUGUGGCUUCUUUUUUUUUUUUACAGCAUAUAUAGACCUAUUAUGGGCAAGCAAUUCUUCUCUUGCUCUGAAGCUUGCAAGUUGAAACUUUUUAAAAUCGUAUUUAUUAUUUGUCAUACCCAAAUGUAUAGAAGUGAGUGCAAGAUUCACCUUUCUUCACAGUUGAAGCACAAUAUAUAGGGAAAACAAAACUUAACUUUCUCUCAACAUUUUCUUGCCAAGUUUUAAACAUCACUGUUUUAUUUCAUUUUUGAUUUACAAUAUUAGAAUAAAAGAUUUUAUAGAUGACUGCAUUUUGUUUAAUUUUAUAGCCUGAUAAAAGUAUAUACUUUUUGUCCAACAAUCCUUUUGUAAUUUUUUUAAAUAUCUGCACUACUUGUAGUAAAACAGAUAUUGCUGAUAAAAUUACACAAGGAUGUGCUAGUUACAGCACCUCUCUACAGAAAUAUAGUGCAUCUACGUUGCAAACAGUAUUUCAUAGCUUUCUGUAUAAAAAUUUAAGCAAAGAAUUUGUUAACUUGUGUAACUAUCUCUUGUAUCAUAUAAUUUAAUAAAGAGGGUUUCCUUCUGGUCAUUUGACCAAAAUGCAA